AUGAGUUCCUACUUUUUAAACUCCUUCUCAGGUCGCUACCAAAAUGGCCACGAUUAUCAGUUGCCGAGUUAUGGAAAUACUGCUUCUGUCGGCGAGCAUUUCAGGGAGUCGACGAUGCUCUCCGCCAGGUAUGGCUAUGAUUACACCGGGAUAGACCUCAGCAUGACUCGUUCGAACUCAAAUCUGUGUGGUGACAAUGAAAGGUCCACCAAUUACCUGCAAACAGUCAAUAACACCUUUCAUAGUUCAUCUGGGGUGAAAAUGAAAUCUCCUGAACCUGCCUUCUGUUCGGGAUCUUUAAUAAGCUCAUCAGAUAGUGCUAUUAAGACGGGGGCGAUUAUUACAGAAUCCAAUCAUUCAUACCACGGUAACCAGGACACAUCGCCGGUUAACGAUGAACAUCCUAAGGGGACGAACAGCCCCAAACCGGAAAGUGGGCAACUAGACAAGGAUCCAGCACUGCAAAUGCAGAUAUACCCAUGGAUGAAAAAGAUGCACCUUAACCAAGAAGGCUUAAGUGGGCUAGAAGGGAAACGAACGAGGACAGCAUAUACUCGGUACCAGACCCUGGAGCUGGAGAAGGAAUUCCAUUAUAACAGAUAUCUUACACGACGCCGCCGGAUAGAAAUCGCUCACGCCCUGUGCCUGACUGAAAGACAAAUUAAAAUCUGGUUCCAAAACCGAAGAAUGAAAUGGAAAAAGGACAAUAAAUUGAAAAGUAUAAAUGUCAGCCCCCCAGGAGUAGGCUUUCAGCCAUAGCCUGUUUCAUCCUAAUUCUGGCUAUACAAUAUUACUGUCCAGAUGAUCUUUUAAGUUGCAAUAGGAAAGGUUGUUUGGCCACAUUAGGUACUCCUCUAUGAGAUGCGUUUAUUAAUACGUUGUUCUCAUAUGGGUACAACGUCUUGCUAUCAAUUUACCAAGAAAAGAAUACAAUUUAUCAGUUGUCACCAACAGAUGUUAAAUCAUGUUUUUAUACAUUGAUGGUAAUGGCCAUGCCUAAAUUUAGAUUAUAAGAGAAAGAGCGAGAAAGGGGUCAAACGACUUAAUGUAGCCAAGCAAGCCAUUUAUCUCUUGAGAACAGAAUGAAGUUGUGCUGUAUAUCUGGUUUCUGAACAAACGAAUCCCAUACCGGAAUAGAGCUUCGCUAAGAUUUUAAAUUAAUAAUAUUUUAUAAACUUAGAUGAAUAUUGUUCCUGUCAUCUCUUUUUACAUCAAACUUUCUUUUGUUUGAUUUUGCCUUGGAAUGUUUAUGGCACGAGUGUUGCUGU